AGCGUCAUUCUUAAAGCAUGGGCCGGUCGCCAUUGUCCAGCUUUCUAGUCUACUGAAGAUCUUAUUUUCUCGAUCUUAUUUUAGGCAGUGUAAAAUACAUCAAUGUUCUUCAAAGAUAAAGGGGAGUUCUACAUUGUAGACUUACACACACCUGUUGGAUUGCAAGUAUGUGUGGUGCCAGAUAUCUGGUGUUACUACCUAGAAGAUAGAUUAUGCUGUGUGUGGCCACAGUUUCAACCAACAAAGCAAAGUAAGAACAGGACGCAACCCAAUAAACAGUGGGGCACAUUUUAUGCAAAUCUGCGAAAAACUUUUGAAAGUUACAACGAAGCAAGAGCCAAAGAAAUUCCUGCCACUGAAAACACUGAUUUUGCUUCCGAACCAGAAGAUCUUGGAAGGGGUAAGCGGAUUCGCAGGGUGACGAGACCAUUUUCUCCUGUAACUGCCAACCAUCAAGACAUGUCUAGCGAAGAUGAAGAGUUAUCUGCUACACAACUUCUUGAAAAUGGGUUACCACCUGCCCCGUACUUGACAUUGCCGGUCGCCCAGUCAACUUCACUAAAUGAUGAAAGUUCACCAGGAUUUUACAGUUCACUACCAACCAAUGACAUUGAAAGCAUGUCAAAAGCCCAAGAGAUAUGUGGUCAAGUCCUUACUGAAUCUAUACCAACCGAUUCACCAUAGUCUGGCAGUGAUCCUGGCGAGUAUUAUUCUUCUUUGCGUCUCCGUGAACAAAUACCACGUGAGACUUUGGCCGCUGGUAGAUCAUGUGUACAGCAGCUGGUCGCUCCUGGCUCAAGUGAUAUGGUCGUUGCUGGUUCAUCUGGGACAUUGAGAACGUGUACACGUCUACCAGCCAAUUUACCACAGUCUGGCAGUGAUGCUGGCGAUAAUAAUAAUUCUUGGCGUCUUCCUGAACAAAUACCACGUGAGACUUUGGCAGCUCGUAGACCAUGUGGACCACAGCUGGUCGCUCCUGGCUCAAGUGAUAGACAGAUGGUCGUUGCUGGUUCAUCUGGGACAGCGGGAACGUGUACACGUCUACCAGCCAAUUCACCACAGUCUGGCAGUGAUGCUGGCGAUAAUAAUAAUUCUUGGCGUCUUUCUGAACAAAUACCACGUGAGACUUUGGCAGCUCGUAGACCAUGUGGACCACAGCUGGUCGCUCCUGGCUCAAGUGAUAGACUGAUGGUCGUUGCUGGUUUAUCUGAGACAGCGGAAACGUCUACACGUUUUGUGGUAUCCCAAAAAGAUUUUGAAAUUCUUCGUGCCCUGAAGCAAGUUAACGCUACAAUGAAGGAGAUGGAUCGUAAGAUUUUAGCAAUCGACAAGAAGGUCGACAAUCAGACAGGAAGUGUUGAAGCUGAUGACGUGGAAAAUUUUCCAACCAAUUUUCCUGUUUCCAGCGUUACAGAAUUUAUUAAUCUUGAAGAAUUACUUCAAGAAGACCAAUCUAAAGGACGCAUUGUGUCUCAGUUGGUGAAGUCUUGCGGUGGUCAGUCAGAAUCAGAUGCGAUUUGUCGUGCUUGGAUUAAAAUAACUUCAGUUGAGUGUCGCGCAGCCUGUAAUUGGAAGGGUGUAAAAAGAGGGAAUCACCAAAAACAUGGACUCGAAUUGUCAUCGGUCACGGAUGCCGUUUUCAAGGGAAUCAAAAAUGAACGCUACUUACAAAAUCUCACAGAUGCGGUGUUCGAAUUUGAGACUAAAAAAUUGUUCAUUCGUGCUCCUGAAAAAGUUCGAAAUAAGACUAAGCGCUCAGCAAGCACCCAUGGACGUCCCACUGAUGAUGUGGAUUGAAUAAUGUCGAUGUAGUUGAUGUGUGAAGGACAAUCAUGCCUUUACCCACGUUCUCAAAUUCAAUUUAAACAUUGUUAAAUCAAGAAUUACUCCUUCUCAUGGAUUAUUUAAAAUCCAAAACCAAGAGUCAAGACAUACUUCAAUGUUCAAGAACAAACCAUGUCAAGUUUGCACGCCGGCGUGCCGUGCCGUUCCGAAACCCCUAGUUUAACUUUAUUAGUUUCACGUGUUUACCAAUAACAUGUCGGUGCUUAAACAAUAAAGUUUUUUAACCGGA